AUGCCCGCGCACAACCGCACCGCAUCCGAAAGGAGGAUGUCACGUGUUGACGCAUAUUCCCUCGCCUCGGAGCACCAGGCCGCGAGAUUUGCGACGGACCAACAGGACGGUUCGACAAAUCAACAAGGGUGCAGAGCCGACCUUGUACUCACCACUCCAGAUGGGGUCAAGAUGGAAUAUGCCCUUCGAUUCAACUUUAGAACCUCUAACAAUGAGGCAGAGUAUGAAGCAAUUUUGGCUGGCCUUCGGCUAGCCAAGAGCAUGAGCGCAAAACAAAUCAGCAUUCAUAGUGACUCUCAUCUCAUAGUGAAUCAAAUAACGGCACGAUUAGCUUCGGCAAUCAAUGACAGAGUCAGGAGAAUAGUGUCGAUGAAGAUCCUAACUCAGCCAAGCAUGAUAACCUCCGAAGUGUGUAACGUACGGUAUGAGAACACGUGGAUGACUCUAAUCUACGCUUACAUAACGAACGGUACCCUGCCCGGAGAUAAAUCUCAGGCACGAAAGGUACGAUACCGAUCGGCAAGGUAUACGGUUAUCAAUGAUGUCCUCUAUAAGCGCGGCUUAACUACUCCGUAUCUGAAAUGUAUCACUACCGAACAAGGGGACUACGUCCUUCGGGAGAUCCAUGGCGGUGUAUGUGGUGACCAUUCGGGGUCCCGGUCGCUGGCACAUAAGGCCUUUCGGCAGGGAUAUUACUGGCCGACUAUGCAUCAGGAUGCGGAUACGCUAGUGAAGAAGUGCGACAAAUGCCAGCGAUUCGGUAAUGUGUCUCACAUCCCUGCCAAACCUUUAACAUCGAUCGUAAGCCCAUGGCCUUCCCCUCAAUGGGGGCUGGACUUGAUUGGUCUAAUGCCACAAGGGAAAGGCCAAGUCAAGUAUGCUGUGGUUGCCGUAGACUACUUCAUCAAAUGGGUAGAAGUUGAAGCCCUAGCAAUUAUAACAGCAGCUAGAAUGGAAGACGUCAUUUGGACUCACAUUUGCUGCCGAUUCGGUAUCCCCUAUGCAAUAAUCACUGACAACGGUAGACAGUUUGAUUUGGAACUCUUUAGGCAGUUCUACAUUCGCCUCAAAAUCAACCUGUUCUUUGCCUCGCCCGCUCACCCCCAAUCAAACGGUCAAGUCGAAGCAAUAAAUAAGAUCAUCAAGAAACUACUGAAACGACAACUCGACAACGCCAAGGGAGCUUGGCCGGAGAAACUUCUAGAAGCACUAUGGGCCAUUCGGACAUCCUACCGAACGUCCACCGGAGAAACCCCAUUUUCUCUCGCCUUCGGAUCGGAAGCUAUAGUCCCCAUGGAGAUCGGCGAGCCUUCUUACCGAACGGAAAGCUUCACCCAGAAGGCUAAUGAGGAAGCACUAACGUUGAGCCUUGACCUGAUCGAAGAACGCCGAGCGCAAGCCAACCUUCGGAAUGAAGCAUACAAAUAA